UUACUCAAUUAUUGUUUUUAUACACUCAUUACUCAAUUGUUUCUAUACACAUAUUACUCAAUAGUUUCUAUACACUCAUUGCUCAAUUAUUGUUUAUAUACACUCGUUACUCAAUUGUUUCUAUUCACUCAUUACUCAAUUAUUGUUUCUAUACACCCAUUACUCAAUUAUUGUUUCUAUACACUCAUUACUCAUUUAUUGUUUCUAUACACCCAUUACUCAAUUACUGUUUCUAUACACCAAUUACUCAAUUGUUUCUAUACACCCAUUACUCAAUUAUUGUUUAUAUACACUCGUUACUCAAUUGUUUCUAUACACCUAUUACUCAAUUAUUGUUUAUAUACACUCAAUUGUUUCUAUACACCCAUUACUCAAUUAUUGUUUCUAUACACUCAUUACUCAAUUGUAUCUAUACACUCAUUACUCAAUUGUUUCUAUAGUCCCAUUACUCAAUUGUUUCUAUACACUCAUUACUCAGUUAUUGUUUAUAUACACUCAUUACUCAAUUAUUGUUUCUAUACACCCAUUACUCGAUUAUUGUUUCUAUAUACUCAUUACUCGAUUAUUGUUUCUAUACACCCAUUACUCAAUUAUUGUUUCUAUACACUCAAUUGUUUCUAUACACUCAUUACUCAAUUAUUGUUUCUAUACACACAUUACUCAAUAGUUUCUAUACACCCAUUACUCAAUUGUUUCUAUACAACCAUUAAUAAAUUGUUUUUAUACACUCAUUACUCAAUUAUUUCUAUACAACCAUUAAUAAAUUGUUUCUAUACACUCAUUACUGAAUUGUUUCUAUACACUCAUUACUCAAUUGUUUCUAUACACUCAUUACUCAAUUGCUUCUAUACACUCAUUACUCAACCAUUACAAACUUGA